CGUCAUCAUAAACACGGAAGUGGUCUUCGGAGGCUCACAGCGGAUCCUCUUGGACUGGUCCGGGUGUCCGGGCCGAGCGGAGCUGUGUAUCCGGGUGUGUUUGCUCCGGUCCGGGGCUGUGUGUGGUUCGGGUCCGGUCGGGUCCGGGGCUCCGUGUCCGUCAUGGCGCUGAUCCCGUCGCAGGUGCUGCGCGUGGCCAUCCUCCUGUCCUACUGCUCCAUCCUGUGUCACUACAAGGCCCUGGACAUGCCGGCCCACCAGACCUACGGGGGGUCCUGGAAGUUCCUCACAUUCAUAGACCUGGUCAUCCAGGCCGUGUUCUUCGGACUGUGCGUCCUCAUCGAUGUCUCCAGCCUUUUGACUAAAGGAGGCGAUAGUCGUGAACAGGAGAGGCAGCUCCGGAAGCUCAUCGGCCUCCGUGAUUGGAUGAUGGCUGUGCUGGCAUUUCCCGUUGGAGCGUUCGUGGUCUUCACCUUCUGGACUCUGUAUCUGUACGACAGAGACCUGGUCUAUCCCAGAUUAUUGGACAACUUCAUCCCCCAGUGGCUGAACCAUGGCAUGCACACCACCGUCCUGCCCUUCAUCAUCAUUGAGAUGAGGACCACCCACCACCGCUAUCCCAGCAGGCCGUGGGGUCUGAGCGCCGUCUGCUGCUUCGGCCUCGGAUACGUCCUCUGGACGUGUUGGGUGCAUCAUGUGACCGGCGUGUGGGUGUAUCCCAUUCUUGAACGCAUCACUCCGAUCGCACGAGUGGUUUUCUUCAGCGUGAUGACGGUGGUGAUCAGCAUCUUCUACGUCCUCGGAGAAAUCCUCAACAAUUAUAUCUGGGACCAAACACACACAGAAAAGGUCAAAGGUGAAUGAUCAGGAGGAAAAGUUGGACACGAUGACAUCGGAAAACAAGCAAUGACCUCUGAACUGGAAAUCUCCGCCUCCUGAAUGGGAAAACUCCACCUCCUGAACAGGAAAGCUCCGCCUCCUGACCGGUUUCAUCCAGUUAAUCGUAGAUAAAAUCAGAUUUUAGGUGUAAAUUCUGGAAAAUAGUGACACAUGAAGGCGCGUCAUCGUCUGCUUUUUUUCUUUUGUUUUUCGUGGGUUUUAUUGGAACUGAAGACAAACACUCGUUAAAGCUGUGAAUUCAUUAACUUUAGAUGAAACAUUCGACCAAAGGGACCGUCGGAGCUUCGACUGAACAUGUUGAACAUUCUUAUUUUAACCUUCUGCUCAGACUCACUACAUCAAAUAAAACUGGAAAAAGUC